AUGAUCGGUACGGCAGUCUCUCGCCGGGCACCGUCAGAGAGCUCACCCGGUCUUCGCUCCACACCGUCACCCGCACCCUCAUCGCCGACGAGAGCACCGAGGGAUGGAGCCUCUGCAACCUCCUCCCGACAAAGGGCAACGCGAGCUUCUGACUGGAAAUCCUCCGACAGCCCGUUCGCUCAGAUCCCAGCCGCGUCCUACAGCACACUGGCCCAGCUCUACCACCUAGCACAGCCUUGCUUAUGCCAUCAAUCUAGACUCAAGCGACUCUUCCCACCAGUGCAGUCCGGCUUUGAAACAGCAACCAAAGUGCUCUUGGAUGGCGGAUUUGUGCAGACACUUGCGAUUGUGGUAUUCGCCGUGCUGGCGAACCACGUCAGGAGAAUGAUUGCGCCCGCGCUGGGCGUGGGCGCGUUCGGGGGUCCCAUUUCGGCUCUGAAACUCGCCGUGGGCAGCCCAGCGCUGUUUCUGCAGGAGGAGAUUGCGAUUGGCUUUUUCGGCAGGGCCUUCACGACGAAGGGAGCGUGGAAGGUUCUCGGAGACGUGAUUGGGGGUGUCGUUGUGGAUCAGGUCUUGCACCGCACCGUUGAGCAAUGGCGUGCGAUUCAGGACCAUACCAGAGUUGCACCAAUGGAUCCGACGACAAAGGAGAGGUUGGGCCAUGCAGAUGGGAUUCGUGCAAAUGCGGUCAGAAAGCGGAUGACGGCGGCGGUCGUUGUCCACUUGGUCUGGCUGCUGGGGUGUGCCGAGUAUUUCCACGCGAGGGCUGCGCAUGUCGUAGCUGUAGGCAUCACGUACACCAAGCUUCUGCGAGGUGGGCCUCUUCAUAAGCAGGCUUUUUGGGAAAUCCUACUCCCCUCUACAGCAUCCCAAUCUUCGUCUUUCGCCUGGGCCGUGGGAGAGAGUCUGAAGGUGGUUGGCUUCCACCUCGAGCUGGCGUGCUUCAUCGCCUGGAGUCUCUGUCCGCUUUUCAGAAUCGCUGUUGGGUCCAGUCUCAGGAUGAAUUUGAGGGAGAGUAGACCCGCACUGAUGGUACUGAUGGCUUCCUGGGCGUGGGGUACGGGGUACGUGACGAGAUACUCGAACAAGUACUACAUCGGUCUGGAAAUGAGCGGACUCCUGCUCGUGGUAUGGUGGAUUUUCGCUGGGGGGGUAUCACUUGGAUUGUACUUUUUGAAGGCCCGCUUUCAGUCUCAGUAA